AUGACAGUGAGAGAGGCAGAGAAAGGACUGGACAUGAAUGAACUGACUGGCAGAAGGGAUGACACCUCACUGCAAGGCACAGUGACUACCACUGCAGCUGCAAGAGAAGCAGGAGAAGAAGGAGAAGAAGAUGUGACAAUGAGAGUGAUGCUUCUGUGA